AUGAGUGCGCUACGCUUGACGGAGCUCUUCGACGUGAAGGACAAGGUCGUGGUCAUCACCGGAGGCGGCCGCGGCAUCGGCAAGAUGAUGGCGGACGGCUUCGUCCAGAACGGAGCCAAGGUCUACAUCGCCUCCCGCAACCUCGAGGCCUGCCAAGCCACAGCCGACGAGCUCAACGCCAAAGGACCCGGCAAGUGCGUCGCGCUCCAAGCCAAUCUGUCGACUGAGAGCGCGUGCAAGAAGCUGGCGGACGACGUCGCCCAGAGGGAGACGAAGGUGGACGUCCUCAUCAACAACUCGGGCGUCGGGUGGGGAGGCGACGUGGAGCACCACCCCGAGAAGGCCUGGACCAAGGUGUUGGCGGUGAAUGUGACGUCGCCCUUCCACUUGACGCGCUACUUCCUGCCGCUGCUGGACGCGGCGGCCGCAUCGUCCUCCGAUGCGGCUCGAGUCAUCAACGUCGGCUCCGUGGCAGGCCUCAUGCCGCAGCAGAUCGACAGCAUCGCGUACGACACGUCCAAGGCCGCUGUGCACCACAUGACGCGCGUCUUGGCCGCGAAACUCGCGCGGCGCCCGAACGGCGGCCACAUCCUCGUGAACGCCAUCGCCCCCGGUCUCGUGCCGACCAAACUGGCCACGGGCAUCGCCCUCGCCACGGGGAAGUCGUUCGACGAGCUGCAGCGCAACAUCCCGACCGAGCGCUACGGCAGCGCGUCCGACAUGGCAGGGCUCGCCAUCUUCCUGGCCUCCAGAGCUGCCGGCUGGAUCACGGGCAUGGUCAUCGCCUCGGACGGAGGACAAGUGUACACCAUGCAGACGGGCUUCGACACGGCCAAACUGUGA